UCUCGGCUGUGAUUCAAUGGGGAAUAAUUUAAGCGUCUGUGUGUUAAUUACAUCAUGUUAAGUGUUCCUACUCCGAACAAAAGCCGGAGCUGUUGAAAUCAGCGCACAACUGCGCCCUGCGGCUGCUUAUCUCGGGGGUGUAGGCGAGAUCACAGAAGCCGCCCUUGGACUGGCGCACGCCAGCAACGGAUCGGAGGAUACACGCUUAGGAGAGAGAAAAGAAGAGGGAGGGGGUCCGAGGUGAGACCGAGAUCACGUGAUCUCGAGUGUCGGAGAGAUGACGUAAAAGGACAAAACUACAGAGAAGAAGUUAGUCGAUGUGUGGAAUACGACGGAGAUAGAUCAGGACUAGGAAACGAUUCACCAGUAAUACGUAGCGAGAAAAUAAGUUGAUUUCUCCAUACUGUCUUCGGCGGACUGUACCUUGACGUGUGCCGUCCUUGGCAAGUUGGCUUGACAUAGAAGAAUUUUACGGAGUUUUUACGAGUUGUUAACAUAGGUGGGAAUUUAUUGACACUGCUCUUACAUGUUAGCAUUCACGUCCUGAAGAACCGUGCUAUCAGCUCUUGGUCGAGUUUUAUUACCCUUACCGGGAUCAAGCACACUUCAAGCAAAGCGACCCGAUCUGCUGCAGUUUUGUUGAUUGCCCAAGAAGGUUGACCCAACCGACGCCGGUGACUUUUUCCUCAAUCUUAACCAUUGCGUUUUUACAAUGGUUCUAAAGUACGAACUAGAUGAGACAGACUUUGAUGUCAUGUUCACCAACCGUCCACACCAUCAGGUGCCCGCGGGGGCUUACUAUGCGGGGUAUAACCCCCAGGGUGCCACAGCCGCCGCUGACUUCGGCCAAUACCAGAUCCACGCAGGAGGAGAGGGGAACCCCCUGGGGAUGCAGCCUAACCCCGCGGGUUCCCCGUCACAAGGAUGGAGCGGGAUGUACCCUACCAACGCCCCAGGAUAUGGCAGACCCGUCGGUUCCCAUUAUAACGAGUUUCCUGGUUACCCAUCCGCCGCUGCCGCCCAGCAAAUGAGCACCCAGGGCCACAUGGGCGCCUACUACACCUCGCCGCCACCGCCGCACAUGGGGUACGAGCCUUACUGUCAUUCUGGCUCAGUUAACGUCAACGUUCCGCCUGUGGUCAGCGCGGGUGACCAUCACUCCACAGUGUCCAGUUACCACGACGGCAAUAUUGCGUCCCCAGUUCCUGCGAACGCUGUGGUGUCCAGUACGGGGACCAUAGACAUCUCCCGCCAACAGAGACAGCCGUAUGAAUGGAUGAAGAAACAAGCGCUCCCCGCCACUCCCCCAACUGGAAAAACAAGAACAAAGGACAAAUACAGGGUAGUUUACAGCGAUCAUCAGAGGUUGGAACUAGAAAAAGAAUUCCACUACAGCAAAUACAUCACCAUUAGGCGAAAAUCAGAGUUAGCGUCCAACCUAGCCUUAUCUGAACGACAGGUCAAGAUAUGGUUCCAAAACAGACGCGCCAAGGAGAGAAAAAUCAACAAAAAGAAACAGAUGGAGUUAGGAGGACAGACGACAAACAGCUUCCAUUUGGCGCAGACGACAAUGACGACACUUUCGGGACUGGAAUCCUCGGACAAAAUGGAUGACGUCACACUACAGGGCAGUCCCGCACUUCAGAACAGCCCCAGUGCACUCAGUAACAGCAGUGGAAGUUUACAUCCAAGUGACUUUCAGCAAAUGGUCAAUAAAGUUGAGGCAUCACAGGGAAAUAUGGAUUUACAAGGUCAAGGACAAAAUCCGAACCAGAGGCAUAGUCCAGUUCAUAGUCACUGCUAAAACUGACAUUGUUUAGCACCCGGCACAUACAAAAUCGUAUAUAAAAGUCUAAAACGCAAAGAGGCAGCCUGGUCUCUUUAAGAUUUUUGCAUAUUAUAAAAAUAAAUCGAGAAAAGUGCAAUCAUUGUGAAACUCUUGCCAUUGGGAACUUAAUCGGAGACAAGGUGAAAUAAAGUGAACUGUUUUGACUUUUUAUUAUGGAUUUUUAUCACAUCUUUUUGACUCUGUGUCAUUGUGUGUGUGAGUGUUAAUUUUUCACUAACACAAAUUUGCGUGAAACAUGUAUCGUGCAGUAUUUGAGGACCGAAAAAGUAUAAACAGAAGGGAACCUUAUUUUGUAUUCUUGGAAACUGUCUUAUCGUUUCUUUAACGGAAAUGUCCUAUUUUACACAUCAAUAUCACCCAUGAUGAUUUUUUAAAACUUGGCGCUAUUUGUUGUUGAAAUGCUGGUCAUUAUAUGCCCUUUUUGUAUGAAAGUGAAAUUAUAAUUACUACACGUAUCAGCUGUUACCUUGAAGCUACAGAAGACUCAGGGAAUAUUUGCUCAUGUUUGGCAUAAUACAUUGCAUGAUUUCACAUCUGUUUAAGCUUAAGGUCACGUUGAAGGUUUUUCCCUUGCAGCGCAUCAAGUCCGCUAUCAUCAGCUGAGGAAAAGGUCAUUAAUUUCAACGAAUGAUCACCUAUAACUUAUAUAUUUGUGCAAGGCUAGGUAUUGAUAAAAGAAGAAAAGCACUAUUGUUUCAUUUAUGGUUCGUUUAUGCUUAAUUCUUUUUUAAAAAAUUUAGAAAAAACUUGUAGGUAGUACUUGCACUAAAAAGUGUGAAGGUGUAAGGAGAAAGUGUGAAAAGGGAAAAAGAUUUUCAUUACCACCUUGUGCAGUGUUGUACGAUGUAUAGUAGUAUAAAAUGUACUGGCAUUUCUUUUCAUACUUAGGAUAUUUAAAUAUACUCUCCAUUUGAUUUAUGAAUAGAAUAUCUUGCCACUUCACGAAAAUUGCCAAUAACCCUCCUUUGUUCAACUGGUAGGCUACAUAUUAUCAGAUACUGUAUUUAUUCAGUAAUGGGCAUAGACCCAAGGCGAAAAGUGCACUUUUUAUUUCACUUGAAACAAGCAAUGUAUUAAGCUUUUAUUUAAAUUAUGUUGUAGACAUGUCUAAAUACACAUUAAAUUGAUUUAGUAAAGAAAUUGUGUUUUUUAUCUGUA